CAACCCCGGGCGCCCUGCGCUCCCCUCCCCGCGGCUCAGCUCUCUCACGGGCUCUAUUUUCACUGCCAGAGGGGCAGUGCAACCAGAUCUCCGUCCGGCCCCGGAGUCUUCCAGCUAAUGGCCUCUGCUUUCUCUUCGACUCAACUCUUUCGGCCUCCUCUUUGCCAGCUCCCUUCCCCUCUGGUGCGGCUAGGGAGGGGGCCGGCCUGAUUUCUGAGCCACCGAGAGGGAAAAACGAACGCUUUGGGGAUUUUCGAGGCGCCAAAAUGCUUUAGCAUGGUGCUCUGAAGCGUGCUGCCGUGGGACCCGCCGGCGCUGAGGAGGAGGAGGAGGUGGAACAGCCUCCCAGCAGCUCUGGUUUCAGACCUCUUUGUGUAUGACAAUAGUUUUUUAAGGCCGGGCGGCCGGCGAGGGUGGGCAGCGGGGCAGGAUGAGCGCCAGCAGCCCCUCCUGGGCCCGGGCUGUCCUCCAGCCCCCUGCGUGCGAUGCCUGGAAGGAGCACAUGGAGGGGGCAGCCUACCAGCUGGCCAGCUGCAUCGUCCUCCUGGGCUACAUGGGGGGCAGCGGCAUCUUCGGGUCCCUCUACAUCUUCGGCCUCCUGGCCCCGGGCUACUUCUGCUACGCCCUGUGGGGCUGGCUGAGCGCCUGCGGGCUGGACGUCUUCGUCUGGAACAUGCUGCUCGUCCUCCUCUGCCUGCUGCAGCUGGCCCACCUGGCCUACCGGCUCCGCAAGGACACCAUCCCCCAAGAGUUCGACCUCCUCUACAAGACCAUGUACCUGCCCUUGCAGGUGCCCCUGGAGGUCUACAGGGAAAUCGUCAAGUGUUGCGAGGAGCAGGUGCAGCCGCUAGCCCGAGACCAGAACUACGCGGUGGAGGGCAAGACGCCCAUCGACCGCCUCUCCCUGCUGCUCUCUGGCAGGGUCCGAGUGAGCCAGGACGGGCAGUUCCUCCACUACGUCUUCCCCUACCAGUUCCUGGACUCUCCAGAGUGGGAAUCACUGCGACCCUCCGAGGAAGGGACCUUCCAGGUCACGCUGACGGCCGAGACCGACUGCAGCUACGUGACCUGGCCGAGGCGGCGGCUGUACCUCCUGCUGAGGAAGGACCGCUACGUCGCCCGCCUCUUCUCCUCCCACCUGGGCUACGACAUCUCGGAGAAGCUCUACUCCCUCAACGAGAAGCUCUUCGCCAAGUUCGGCCUCCGCUUCGACAUCCGCUUGCCCAGCCUCUACCACGUCCUGGGGCCAGCCGCCUCCGAGGGGGAGCCAGAGGAGGCCGAGGAGCUGCCACCCACACCGCCGCCUGCCCACGGACCCGCUGCUGCCUCCGAGGCCCCUCCGCAGCCUCCGCCACCGCCGCCACCACCGGCUCCGCGCCCCCGGGCCUCCCGGCCCGAGAGCGACCUGCUGGGUGAGGACUCCACCAGUCUUGUCUUGGAAGAUUUUGCUGAGUUGCCGGGGUCUUUUAUGGACUAUGUGAGCGAAGGGGAGUAUAUGAAGUGAGGGCGCACCCGGCACGGGCACGCGUCACCCCACGUGGCAUCCCUGCCCUCUGGACACCUCCGGAGCUACCCCCACCCUCUCAGCAAAGGACGAGCCCCCCUGGCUCCCACUCAGACCCCCGAGCUCUAGGGAACAACAGGCUGUCUGGAUCCCAAAGGCCCUCCGAGGGCAUGUCUGCUCACUCACGUCUCUGACCAGAUAGACACUCUUUGGCACGCACUGAAACGUCUGCCCGCACAGACACGUACACUCAGGAGCACCUGAAGCACACGCGUGGGACUGCAGUGGCACUCCAGCACCUCCCACCCCACGAUGUUCGCCUGGAGCUGCCGGCCCCAGGGAGCUUCCCUGGCUUGGUUUUUAUUCCCAAGCGUGUCGGCAGCUCCGAUACCACAGCACGCCGAUGCGGCUGCAAGCGACACGAGCCUGCUCGCAGGAUCUGUGUUCCCUUUUGUUUAAUGAUUCCCAUUAAAGACAGAGAUGAAA